AUGGAAGCGUAAGUAAACCUUGAUAAGUUGAUGUCUUUUGCUAUAUUUAGUCUUUUCAAGUCAAUUAUACGAUUAUUUUGGUGGUUUGUUGCGUUCUAAUAGUAUAAACUAUCAAAAAUAUGAUGUUAUACACGAUGAAUAAACAUUUUGAUGGAAAUGAGUUCAUAAGACGUCUUUUCAUGGUUUUUAGGCUUGAUUUAACGUUUAAAAUAAAAGUAUUGGUACUGUUAGACUUUUGAGAUUUUUGGGUAAAAAUUGACAGGUAUUUUUGUUACUGUAGUUAUUUAUUACCUAAUUUCAGGGAUGCCAUAUCAGGGCACAAAACCUCGAAGAAUAAGCCAGCUUUUGCCAAAUCAGGCAUGGAACGAGUGACUUAUUUAACACAGGUAUGUUAUGAAAGGUUUUGUUUGUUUUUUGAUAUCGCUCGGACCUGACUGCUAUCAGGUUUGGGCUCGGAUAUUGUGGUAGACGUGAUUUUGUUUGGAAAGACAUUAUUUUUGGCUUUAUUGUGUUCCUUUGUAUGUAUUUUUAACAUAACAAAGAAAAGAACGUAUUUUAAGGGACAUUCUGAUGUUAUGUUAGAGACUUCAAUAGAAAGUGAAAGUUUUAUAUUCUUUUGUUAUACCAGCAUGACGGAAUAACAAAAAAGAAAACUUCAACAAGUUUGUGUAAUAUGAUGGUCAUUUGUUAUCUUUUGGGAAUACUUUGUGAGGGUUAUAUUAUUAAUUGGAUGAUUAACAAACAACACAUUAUAUCAUGUAUACAAAGCUAAAAAUUCAUUUUCAGGACCAAUUCGAUGACAUAUUCCAGUACCAACCAGCAUCAACAACUCGAUUAACAUGCAAGAAGGCCACCAAGAAGUUGUGCAAAAACUUUUUGAGUAUUCAAAGCUUUCUAAACUUCCUGAUUUCUUUCUUUCCAAUAUUGAAAUGGUUCCCAGAAUACAAUUGGAAAGAGAAUGUCAUGGGCGAUCUGAUGGCUGGCAUCACGGUGGGCAUCGUGCACGUUCCACAAGGUAUUGCUUAUGCCAUUUUGGCUAAUGUUCCACCAGUUCAAGGGUUGUAUACAGCGUUUUUUGGAGUACUAUUUUACUCGUUUUUUGGGACUUCGAAGCAUGUUUCUGUCGGUAAGUGGUUGUGAUAAAGAAGGUACUAUAAUAAUAUUAGAGUUAUUUGAAUAGGUCUUAUUUGUUAGAGGUCAAACCUUUAUAAAACUUGUUUUGAAACGACUUAAUUAUUCAAAGUUUCAAUACUUGGUUUUAAAAAGUCUUGUCGUUGUUUUGUAAAGAAAUACACGUUAAAAAGCGACAAUACUUUUUUGGAUUUUUACUAAAAUAUUGAAUUGGUAAAAAAAAGUUUGUAUAAAUGAUUGAUUUGGAAGUUAAAGCUUUAUUACCUAUUUUUCGUUAUGUGUUGUAGCUCUUUUGUUGUUUAAACAAAAAGAUUUUGUAGUUUUUCAUUAAAAUUCGUAACUUAAAGUGAAAAAUGAAGAGUAAUCCAAUCAAUUGCUUGGAGACGACAAAAAUAAAGAAACGUUCAGGAAGUUUUUUGUACUUCUUAAUGGUAUAAUAAACCUAAAAAGGCUUUUUAUAAAUACAGGAAUUCAAAAUAUGAUUAAUAUAUUUUCAAAAAUUUAAAUUUAAGCGGCCAAUCUAAAACAACAUCUAAAUAAAAACAAUAUUUCAGGCUCAUUCGCGGUAAUAUCACUGAUGACAGGCGUUGCGUGUACGGAGAUAAAAGCCAGGAUAGACGAAGAGUACUAUAAGUUAGAGGCCAAGUACAUUGGAGAUGCUCACAACCUGAACAAACAGUACGAUCUUCACAAUUUCACCGUCCAGAUGCCGAAGUUGGAUCUGGAGAACGUGGAGAUUGUGUCUACAAUAACAUUUGUAGUCGGACUGAUUCAAUUGUUGAUGGGCUUGCUUCAUGUCGAGUUCUUGGCCGCUUAUAUGAGUGAUCAACUGGUUAAUGGGUUUUGUACUGGUGCUGCUGUGCACGUUGUUAUUGUACAGUUCAACAAGUUGUUCGAGAUCAAAGUGAAGAAGGCGGACGGUUAUGGGUACAUUUUUAAGGUAAGGAUGGGGUGGUUGUUAUUAUAUUAUUAAAAAUGAAUUUUUUAGGUAACAUAUUGUUUAAAAACUGGCAAAAUGUAGUUUUUAUACUUAAAUAUAUAUAAGAAACAUUAUUUUACAUUGCCAUGGUACCUAAAAACUAAUAUAACAUCUUACAGUACAUUUACGAUGUGUUUGCAAGUAUCCAGAAGACCAAUCUUGUGGCAGCCGUCUUAUCUUUGGUCGGGUUUGUCAUCCUAUACAUUGGGAAAGAUAUAAUCAACCCAUUGGCCGAGAAGAGACUCCCUUGUCCAAUACCUUUUGAGCUGAUAUUGGUCAUUCUCUCCACAGCUGUGUCAGCAUUCUUUAAUCUUCACAAAACUCAGAAUAUCUCUAUCGUGGAGAACAUUCCUUUAGGGUGAGCUUUCAAAUAUAAGUAGUGGCAAAAACUUAUAUUAUACAAUAUAUAUAUAUUGAUAAAUGAAUUUAUAUUUAGGUUACCCGAAUUCAAUCUGCCAAGAACUGAUAUUAUCCAUCUAGUUCUAUAUGAUUCUCUGGAAAUAGCAGCAGUGGUUGUGGCGUUACAUAUCAGUAUGUGCAAGGUAUUUAACCGGAAGUUGGGUACUCGUACUGACAAUAAUCAGGUAAGUACUAGAUGUGAGGAUAAGGUUGGGUAAUGGGCAAUGCAAUGAGACUUAGUUUUCGGUCGAAAAAUUGUUUAGAUGCUUGGUAUAAUAUUUUAUGUCAUUUUGCGCCAUAUUAUAGUAGGUUAACUGUAACAUUUCUAGGAAUUAUAUGCUCUUGGCUUCAUGGGUACAUUAUCAUCGUUCUUUGGAACUUAUCCGAUUACUACGUCUUUGGGAAGAUCAAUGCUGAAUGUUGAAUGUGGUGUUAAAACACAGGUUAGUUUUUAAACUUUUUAAAGUUGGAAGUUAAUUUUGAGAUUUUUGUUAAGUAUGCUUUACUAUAUGCAACACCUAAUAUGUCAUUUUUUGAAAAUGCGGUAUUUAUUUAUGGUAUAUUUUUUCAAUUUUGAAGUUUUAGAUGUCCGCCUACUUUUGCGGAGCUCUUCUUCUGGUGGUCAUCUUGUCGGUUGGCCCUUUGUUAUCAGCACUUCCAAUGUGUAUAUUAUCUGUUAUAAUCAUUUACUCUGUAAAGAACGUCUUCAAGAAGAUGCCUUUUGAACUGUGGCAUUUAUGGAAAGUGGCCAAGAUGGAUUGUGUAAGUUAUUUGAUUAUUUUUGUCAUUUUAAAAGCUUUUUGUAUUUGAAAAUGAUAAGACUUUGUUUAAAAGGUCAAAAAGUUAUGGAGUUUUAUGUUAUGGACGUAAAUUUUUUACUUGUAUAAUAGUACAAUACUAAUGCCUUUCAUUAUGCCACAAUCAAAUAUGCAAUUUUAGGUAAUCUGGCUAGUCGCCUUUCUCUCAACUGCCAUUUUCAAUGUAAUGACAGGCCUGAUAUUCUCCAUCGUCUUCGCUCUCCUCACCACCGUAUUCAGAAUCCAAUGGCCGCGAUGGCAAGUGUUGAGUAGACUGAAUGGCACAGAAGAGUACCGUGAUUGUGGAAGAUACGCCAGAGUGACGUUCAUCAAGUCGAUAAGAGUAUUCAGAUUCGACGCUCCACUGUUGUUCACGAACGUCGACAGUUUUGCGAAUGCCGUGGAGAAAGCGUUGUGGACGCAGAGACUGAAGUUGAGGAAGCCGAGCAGUCCAGCCAAACGAGUUGUCGCCAAGAUAUUUGCGAAGAACGGGAAACAGGUAGAUUUUGAAAUUUUUAAUUUUGAAGUAAAGUGUUUUUAAAAUAAUUUUUUUGGUUUUUAAAUUUCGAAAUGUAAUUUUUUUAAAUUUUGAAGUUUUCAUUUGAAAUGUGAACCCUCAAAGGUGUCUUUAAAAGUUUUUAAAAAGUGAUGAAAUUUUCGUAAAAAUUGCUUUUUUGUAAUAAAAAGAAGAGUUUAAUUAAUCAUGACACGUUGUUUUGUUUAAUACAACCUUGUUUAUGGUGUUUGACGUGUUAUAGUAGUCCUAUAAGCUCAUAUUUAAAAAUGUUAAAGGGGUGGAUUGAAAAAAUUAAUUUUUGCAAAAAAAGUGUCAAUUUGAUGUGUUACUACAUGGUUUAACAUUUUUUUGAUGUUUUGUUGCAGGAUUUCAACAUUUUUUAAACGAAAUGGGAGGUUUUGUCACGGAAUGUAUUGUUGGUUAUAGUAAUCAAACUUUCAGAAAUUUCAUUUUGAAAUACUGUUUUAAUGCUUAUUCUCUUCAGAUGCAGAACAAACAGCUGAGCGAAGAUGUGAAACACUUUAUAAUCGACUGUUCUGGCUUCACUUUUGUCGACUACACCUCAGUAUCCUCUCUCAUCGACGUGUUCCAUCAACUAGAGAAGCGUGACAUCUCUGUCUACUUUGCUGGAGCCAAAGCACCAGUCAGAGACAAGUUGGAAGACUGUGGAUUCUUCAAAUCGGUCGGUCGUUCCAACUUCUACCCUACCAUUCACGAUGCCGUCAACGCUUCUGUAGCCGCGAUGAAGCAACAAGACCCCAAGUGUAUGGUCAGAUCUCCAAGUGUCUUCAGAAGCUCCAUAGUGGUACCAAUGGGCGGAGACCCUCAGGCCAACAUUGCUUAUGUGCCAGAAUCAGAAGCAUCGGAUUCAGAUGAACCUAUUGAGAUUCAUUACAUAGAGGAGGAGAAGGACAGAGACUCGAACGUCUAG